AUGGGGGCGAAGCGAUGGAAUGGAGCGAAGACGUGUAAUUUAGUCAUUACGUUCAUGCUGGUAGCCUGCAUAGGCUCAUUCAUCCCCGGCGUCCGGAUCCCGGAUGGGAACCGGAAUGUUUUCGUGGAGCGGGCUUUCCCGAUAAGAUCAUCAUCUGCUACAAGGGAACCUGAUAUUUUGGCUUCUAGUGAUAUUGAAAAGCUAUCAAAGGAGGAUUCUUCUCUAAAAGGCUCCACUAAGCAAAGGGAAGGUUCUUGGAUAAAGCUUACUCAAUCUGAGAUGGAAGCAAAACGAGCUAAAUCUUCAUUUGCCCAACGAUCUCGAGUUCGAAAACUCCAAUACAAUACCGAGUUAGAGAGACAUAUCCAAGCAUUACAGAUAGAAGGAAUGGGAGUUUCAGCUGAACUAGAAUUCUUGGAUCAGCAAAAAUUUAUAUUGAGCUUGGAGAACAAGGCCUUGAAGCAACAUCUAGAUGGUCUGUCACAGGAACAUCUUGUGAAAUGUCUCCAACAGGAGAUGUUGGAGCGAGAGAUUGCUCGUCUUCGAGCAUUGCAUCAUCAUCAGCAGCAGCACCAGCAGCAACCACCAGCUCCACCUACCCACAGUCAGAGCAAUAGUAGAGACCUUGAAAUACAAUUUGCCAAUCUCUUUUUAAAACACAAGGAGUCAAAUUCUGGGAGAGAGCCAAUUACAGGCCUCCUCCAUAUUUGAAGUUUAAUUUCCUGAUGCCGCCUUUCAGAUAUUGCCAACCAAGAUGGACCUUUGUAUCCUAUAUGACCUGAAUAACUUUAAGAAUCUAUUCAUCCUCAGCUUACGAGCUGCUGAUACGCCUCUGAUACGGCUGCUGAACUCAACCUGGGCUGAGAUAAAACUCCACCAAAGCUUCAUUGAUUUCACUGAUAUGCUGACUGAUACGCCACCGAUACGCUGACUCACAUGCUGAUGAGGAUUGGUGUGAAGAGAUGGAGCUGAGCUGGAGCUGAGGAGGAAGCUUAACUACUAACCAAAUUCAUUUAAUCAGUUCAACUGAUAACUGAAUUCAGUUGAAUCCAGUUGUACUAGUUAAGUUAGUUUCAGACUUACUCAUAAAUAGAUAUAUUCAUGAUGUAAUAAAUGAACUUCCGGUAAGAAAUAAAGUUAGUCUUCCUCCA